UAUUCCUAUUGUAUUGACUUUCUUGUUGAAUCUGCCCAAUGUGUUACUUGUGUCUCCUUUCAACUUAAUAUUUAUCUCUCUUUCACAGAAUGAGGAGAAACCUGUGCAAAUGAUGUCUAAGAAGUCUACCUUCAAAAUGACCUAUAUUGGAGAGAUAUUCACCAAGAUUCUGUUGCUUCCCUAUGCUGGCAAUGAGCUGAACAUGAUCAUCAUGCUUCCAGAUGAGCACGUUGAUCUGAAAACGGUGGAAAAGGAAAUAACUUAUGAGAAGUUCAUAGAGUGGACGAGGCUGGACAAGAUGCAAGAACAAAAGGUGGAGGUUUUCCUCCCACGGUUUAAACUGGAGGAGAAUUAUGACAUGAAGGACUUCCUGUUCAAGCUGGGCAUGACGGAUGCCUUUGAGGACAGGGCAGACUUUUCUGGAAUAUCUUCCAAGCAAGGCUUGUUUCUGUCAAAGGUUGUGCAUAAGUCCUUUGUGGAGGUCAAUGAGGAGGGCACAGAGGCUGCGGCUGCUACACAUGUCAACAAGACAAAGAGGUCACUCAGUGUCACCCCUCGUUUCUGUGCCGACCGCCCCUUCCUUUUCUUCAUUCAGCAUGUUAAGACCAAUGGGAUUCUGUUCUGUGGCCGGUUCUCCUCUCCCUGAGGAUAAGGUGUUCCUGUCAGUCUUUUAUCCUUUCUCCAUGGU